AACCGCUCAGCAUUGAUUCUCUCUUAUGUUUUUAUUGAAUAGGGUAAAGUCUAGAAAAAACAGUCAGAUUUUGUGCGAUUACACCCUUAUAAUUUAUUUUUGUGCAUACAAGUCCACUCUAAAUCUUAAAUUGUUGCAACUAACCACCCCUAUAGGAAUUUCAGUUGAGAAUGGCCGUUAAAACCUUAAAAUCCAAUAUUAUCCUUUUUAUAUUCCGUAAUUGCCCUCACCCUAUUACAUGGACCUCCGUCGGGAAGGUCUAAUCAUCACUGGACAAACCGACGGGCAUGGAACGACAGUGUACUCGGAGAUGACAGAAGACGGCGAGUCGCCACCGCCAAGGAUGGCGGCUCUGUGUUAGAGAAAGAGGAGAGACAGAGCGGACGUGAGGGAGCGGUGUUGGCAAAGAACUCUGAAAAACCCACCGACGGCGAGCAAGAAGGAAAGCAGCCAGAUAUCUCUUCAUGGGAUUUGAUAAUCACCAGCCAUGACCAAAUCCGAAAACUUCAUUCACAACCUAUUCAAACCCUUCAAUUUUGUCUCUAAGAAAGACGGACAAAAAGAGGACCUAGAGAGGAUCGCGGCACAAGAACAGAAGCUAUUCCCUUUUGAAACCCUAGUUGCAGCCAAAAAUUUCCACCCAAAUCAUAAGCUCGGCCAAGGCGGUUUUGGUCAUGUUUACAAAGUAAUUAGCAAAUUUGGAUUUGUACAGCAUCGCAAUGUUGUGAAUUUGUUAGGCUACUGUAUGCACGGCGCAGAGAAGCUACUCGUGUACGGAAGAGACGGUGAGCAAGGAAGGAACAACCAACGAAAGCUCCGGCCAAGAAUGCCGUCGGAGAAGAAAACGGGUGGAUUUGAAACAGAAACAGAUCGGGGUGAGAAUGAGGGGUAUUUUAGUAUAUUCGCAGCUCGAGGACCGGUAAACAAGCAAAAGGGACUAAUUCGCACAUAUUUUUUGGUAGAGGGGUGGUUAACAACCAAGAGGGGUUUAAACGCAGAAUAUAGAUACUAUAGGGGUUAUCGGCACACGACCCUGUUGAAUAUAAAAACUUGCGUGUUCCAAUCACAAGAUUUCAAGAGACGCACAAGAUCUUUCUUUCUAAAUUUGUUAGCAAUGCCCCUCAUGACACAUUCUUCUACCUUUCUCUUACCUCCGACACCCGCCGACAACCUCCCUUCUCCGACAUACGUACUCGUCUUGCUUAACCAACGCCUACCUCGAUUCGCUCCUCUGCUUUGGGACCACGCAAAACUUCGUAUUUGCGCAGAUGGUGGCGCUAAUCGCUUGUUUGAUGAAUUUCCUCAACUGUUCCCUCAAGAGGACGCCUCCGUUGUUCAAAAUAGGUACAAGCCAGAUGUAAUAAAGGGAGACAUGGAUUCAGUUAGACAAGAAGUAAAAGAUUUCUAUAAAAACAUGAAUACCGAGAUAGAAGAUGCAUCUAAUGAUCAGGACACCACAGACCUCCAUAAAUGCAUAGCAUAUAUUCGUGACUGCACACCAAACCUGGACAAGUCUAAUUUAUGCAUUCUUGUUGCUGGAGCACUUGGUGGACGGUUUGACCAUGAGGCUGGAAACAUAAAUGUUCUUUAUAAUUUCUCGUCCAUGAGAAUAGUUCUUUUAUCCAAUGAUUGCCUCAUCCAACUUCUUCCAAAGACUCACCGUCAUGAGAUCCAUAUCCAGUCCUCAGUUGAGGGCCCUCAUUGUGGACUUGUCCCGAUUGGGAUGCCAUCUAGAAGCACUACCACCUCCGGGCUCGAAUGGAAUCUUGCUGGCACGGAAAUGAGAUUUGGUGGUUUAAUAAGUACAUCGAAUAUUGUGAAAGAAAAGAAAAUAACUGUGCAAUCUGAUUCUGAUCUUCUUUGGACGAUAUCCAUCCAUUAAAAGACCAGAAAGAGCAUUGCAUUCAUGAUGAGGUGUGCGAGCUGCAGAUUUCAUGAUUUCUUCCAACUUGUAUUGUUGUAAUCCCCACCAAUUAGAAUAAUUGAGGGGAACGUCUGUAGGUAGUUCUUUAUGUCAUGUAAUCCAAUAUUAAAUUUUUCUCUGAAACUGAAUGUUAAUUUCGAGUUGAAGGAAUAUAAUAGCUUUUGUUUCUUGGUUUA